AGCGGGUAAUUAAAUGGAUUAGAAUGAUUAUCCUUGACAGGUGUUUUCAUCUGAUACAUGGGUUUUUAUCAAUUUCGCACCCCACAAAGAAAAUGAGAAUUCCAUAUCCAGAAUUGAUGUUGCUUGGUAUAAAAUUAUAAAUAAGUCACAACCUUCUCUCUAUGUGAUUAUAAGAGGAAGUUGAGGCUUAUUUGGAGAAGAUUUGCAUUCUGGAAGGGGAAUUGAGAGCACAUGGAAACUAUCUAAAUUCCAAGGAGGACGAGAACUCACCAGCACACUCUUUUUUUUCUUUUUCUUUUUUUUUGGUUCAAAUAUUAGUCAUAGCAACAAAUAUAUCAUCGAUUUGAAAGGGUCAAAGGGCGUGUUUGGUUCACUCGAUCCUAGGCUAGGCUGUCUCAUCUGAUUGGUUUGUUCAUGUGUGUAGAAUUGGAAAGCUCUCCUUGAAUCUUGGUCUUCGUGGAGGCUAGUGCAGCAAGAGUGACCCUCACGAUCUCUCUCUCUCUCUCUCUCUCUCUCUCCUCUUAUUUUACAAUGGGUGACUCAAAAUUUCGGAUCACCACAUGACCAUUUCUUGAUCUGUUUUCGGCUUUCCUGAAGGACCUAAACAACCCCUCUCUCUCAAUCUCUCUCACUUCUUUUUUGUUUUUCUUUUCCUUGGUGUCUUUUCUUGCAACAGGGGUUAUUCUUCUUGGGUUUAUCGAUUUCUGUUUUUUCUAUUUACCUUUCUUUGACCCAAGUCUCUCUUUUCUUUCUACCUUUUGUUAGCAAACUAAUUCUUUCUAUUACUUUAUUGGGUUUUUCUAUUUCGUUUUUUUCUUUUUUCUUUUUGUUUUUAAUCAGAGAGAUUCUUCCAAGUGGAAUUUUUUUUUUUGGCUUCUCUUUGUGUUCUUUUUUCUUUUUUGCAGCGUUUUUUUCUUUUUUUCCAAUUGUUUUAGCUCUACUUCCUUUUAUACCUUGUGGGGUGGGUCUAAAUUCUGUAGUUUGUUUUGGCACUAUUAAUGGGCUGUUGAUGUCUUUGGCCGUUGGAGCGGUUUCAAGUUCCACAAGCAUGGGUUUUGACGAGAAAGGCGAUGGAGCUGAAAACGCUGAGGUUUCAGAGAAAAAGACAGUUGCAGAAACCGGUUUAGCUGAAGAAAAUGUGGAUGGAACAGAAGGGAUGAUUAGGACAAUGAGUGAGACUUCCAUCUAUGCAACUGAAGAUGAAGAAGAUGAUGAGGGAAAGAAGAUUGAGUUGGGUCCUCAGUAUACGCUCAAAGAACAUAUCGAGAAGGACAAGGAUGAUGAGAGUCUAAGGAGGUGGAAGGAACAGCUCCUUGGGAGUGUCGAUAUUAAUUCUGUUGGAGAGAGCCUAGAACCAGAUGUCAAGAUCCUGAGCCUAGCAAUUAAAUCUGCUGGCAGACCUGACAUGCUUCUUCCAAUUCCUGAAAACGGAAAUCCCAAGGGAACCUGGUUUACUUUGAAGGAAGGUAGCCGGUAUAGUUUGGUGUUCUCAUUCCAAGUUAGCAACAACAUUGUUUCAGGUCUAAAAUACACCAACACAGUCUGGAAAACCGGUGUCAAGGUUGAUAGCACAAAGGAAAUGUUUGGCACAUUUAGUCCUCAGCCGGAGCCUUAUACUCAUCAGGUGCCUGAGGAAACAACCCCAUCUGGCCUAUUUGCUAGAGGAUCAUAUUCAGCUAGAACCAAGUUCGCUGAUGAUGACAACAAAUGCUACUUGGAGUUUAGUUACACCUUUGAUAUUCGGAAAGACUGGCUUUCAACUUAAAUACCUGCUUGGUGAUAUUGGUUUUUCAGUCCAUUUGUCUUUAGAAGCUGAAAAUUUUACUGAGUGUGUAUCAUGUCUCAUUUUUCCUUUUCUUUUUUUUUUUUUUUACUGUCUUCUUUAUUUUGACAUAUAUUUUGUCAAUCCGAGACUGGUCACCGAACAAUCAUGAUGAUGAGAGGACAAGAAAAGUAGGAAGGAAAAAGAUAAUUCAUUUGGUAGUCAUUUGUUAAUAAAGAAAGAUGAAUGAACUUUGCUUUUCUGAGCA